UAUUAAUAAUAAUAAUAAUAAUAAUAAUAAUAAUAAUAAUAAUAAUAAUAAUAAUACGCGUGUAUGUCACUUUAAUGCUUGAUAAUAGUCACCUUGUAUUGCAUUUAGUUAAACCACUCCCUUUUCGAUUUCUUGCACGUUUAUAUUCAUACAUAUAUCGGCACUGUGUUAGCAUACAAAGAAAAGAAAAAAAAAGUUGACCCAUGAAAAACAGAUCAUCGUUUUUCUUUUUCCUAGUCCGUCUCAUUUUGUAGGGAAAACAGAAUGCGUUUUUUAUUUCAGCUUCAAGUUUGCUACUUAUCACGUCAUAAAGCUGACAGCCUCACACCAAAUCAGAUUGCGGGACGUGAAGAGAGCCCUAAGGCGUCACAGAGAGUGGAGUUAGGUUCGUGCUCACCUCCUCAGACUGCACAGCCCUAUUUAAAGGUCCGGGGAGCUUUCAUUUUAAAGUCCCUCUUCAUCCCACCCUGCAAGAUGAGCGCCAUUCUUUCAUGCCAAGACCAGUGCUUUGUAGGGGGCCAGGGCUAUGAUUGCCCCUAUUCCGUCUCGACGUCAGCAGCCAAUGUUGAUGUUUCCAAGGAAACACUGGUCUCUUUCUGGGCUGCUGGUCUCCUGGACAACAGAGCCUGCCAGCACGAGCCACAGUCGCAGCAACUCUAUUAUGAGCUGGACUCUGGCAUUCAAGAGGACUUCAUUUGGACAGAUCACUUGUCCCCACAAUUGCAAAGAAACCAGCAGCUUCAGGAUACUUUGUUACAAAAAGAAGAAGAACUGGCGAGGUUACAUGACGAAAACAACAAACUGAAGGAAUAUUUAAAUUCUACUUUUGUCAAGGGCUUGGAGGAAAAAGCUAAGAUACUUUUGCACAAUGGUCCUGGAGUGGAUUCCAGGCCCAGAAAUAAGAGGAGGAGGGUGCUGGGGGAUGAGGGUGUGCACGCUUCCACUGCCAGUCAGCUGUUACCUGGCAGCUCCCUAAAGAAAGCCUGCAGGAACCUGUCCCUGGAGUUCUGCACUGCCGAGGAGCUGGCUCACACUCCUCCCGUCGACUCGUGGGUCCUCCAGACCCUUGGACUGAAGGACGUUGACACCAUCGACCAUUCAGCUAACUACAGUGAUCUCCUGACCUCGCUCGACGAUCACAAUGCCCUCCACGCUGCCGGGGCGAUGGACUACAACAACGCUGGCCGUGUGUCAUCACCACUGGGAUACUGCCCUGAUACCGGGGUGGGAGUGGAGUACACGGGCAGUCCAUGCAGCUUAGAUUCCUGCUACCUCUCUCUGCUCCCCUCCUCCUCCUCCUCCUCCUCUCCACAGGCUCAAUCCACGCCUCUGCCGAGCAGCGCCACACCCUCCCCGUUUAAAUCCCCUUACAGCGUAGAAGUUUCCCGCAAUAAAACCGAAGUUGCCUUUACCAUGUCCCUCAACCCCCACCGCAAUGUGAAGACUCACAGCUUCGACCAGGGGCAGGCUUUUGUGUGCAGAGAUGAGCAGGCUGGCUGGAAGUUCACAUGGGUCCCCAAACAAUCGCAGUAAUUAUAGCCUGUUGCAUUAGCACUGCCAUCUGAAGGACAAAGUCUUUACUGUUUACAUUAUAUCGAUGCACUUCAAUUUGCCUGGGUGAAAUGUUUUUUUUUUUUUUUUACUUCUUCACUUUUUAUUUUGUAUUAUUAUUGUUAUUAUUUUAUUUAUAGUCCGGGUGAAUGAAUGACCCAGCCCAAGUUAAUUACAACGCCUAAACUUUUAAAAAAGCGUGGAGAAAGACUUUAGCACAUUUACAGAUACCUAGGCGGAACGUUACAGAAACUGAAAUCAGACAGUAAUAAAUGCGUACCGCCUGACUCGAAUAAAAUACAUUGGAGAAAACAAAAAGGCAUUUUAAUAUUGUAUUAGACAUCUAACUGCUAAUUUCUGUUAUUUAAACUGCCAAAGGUCACAGUUUUUUUUUUGGUUUAUUUUUGCACUGCUAAAGAACAUGCAAAACGAAAUCUAACAGAUCUCACUGUAUGUGCCUAACACUGCCUUAACAGCCUGGUCACUU